AUGGAGCUGAAGCUGGUGGACCCUGAACCGGGAGAAGGGAAGAUUGUGUUCAAGCUAUGGGGGAUGAACAAGCCAAACGCGAGGACGAGCUACAUGUACGUGUUGGCGCGGUACUGGACCGACAUCGUUAAGGCCCAUCGGCUCCAGCUGGGGGAAGUGGUUCAAACGUGGGGUUUAGGAAGGGAGAAGGUGAGCUGGGGAAGUUAG